AUGAGCAGGUAUAUGGUACAAUCUGUCAGAUCACUGGAGAUAAUCUAGGGAUGCACACAAUUCUUGGUUUUAAUGAGUCAUUCAGUAGCCGUCAUUUCUGUCGCCUUUGUUUGAUUGAGAAGAAUGAUUGUCAAACGGUAUACAGUGAGGAUGAUCCUAAGGUGAUCCUUCGUGGGAAAGAUAUGUUUGAAAUGCAUUGCCAGUCUCUCCAGGAAAACCCACAAUUGAAGUCACUUUAUGGUUUUAUUUCCAUGUUUGUAAUAACUAUUCAUUUGAUAUCAUGCAUGAUCUUCUUGAGGGUGUGGUUCAGUAUGAGAUCAAAUUGCUUUUUGGAUAUCUCACACAACACUUUAUGUCAGAACAGGACUUGCUUUCCAGGAUUUAUGGUUUUGAUUAUGGAUUUUUAGAACGAAAAAAUCGUCCUACAAAGAUUAUUUUGGAGAGUGCUGGCAAUGGCAUUGGUUUGAAUUCUAUUCAGACAUUGUGUCUUGUGAAAAACAUCCCACUAUUGUUUGGUGACAUUAUUCCUGCAGGAAACAAAAACUGGAAUUUGUUACUGUUGUUACUUCAAAUAAUGAACAUAGUUUUUUCACCUUCUCUCACUCUAGGUAUGACAAUAUAUUUAAAGCAUUUGAUUGUUGACCACCACAAACUAUUUAAGCACUUGUAUCCACAUAGAAACUUGAUACCUAAGCAUCAUUUUAUGAUCCAUUACCCAUCUUCUAUAAGGAAAAUUGGCCCCUUAUUAUAUACAUGGUGUAUGAGGUUUGAGGCCAAACACAAGCUGUUUAAAGAUUGUUUUAAAAAUUUCAAAAACAUAACCAAAUCGCUUGCUAAGAAGCAUCAGCUGGCCAUUGCUUAUCACUGGGAAACCUUCACCCUCAAACAAAAUGAGUAUGGGCCAAUUACAUCUUUUCUCUUCAGAGAUGAGAAUGUCGUCAACAAUGAAAUGCUUGAGACGAUCUUGUCAAAAGAUGUUUUCUCAACUAGUUGGGUUAAAGUUGAUGGUGUAGAGUAUAAAGCUGGACUAGUUAUUUGCAGUGCAAUGGAAGAAGACAUGCCAGUCUUUUGUCAAAUAAGUGAUGUACUUUUGCUAUUUACAGAGAAUUUUGAUGACCAUCAUCAUGCAUUCAGAGUAUUACGAAGUGCGGAAAGGUGUCUACUAAAAAUGUCUGAGCUUAAAUUUCAUAAACCGUUUGAUAUUCAAAGCUCAUACAGUGUUUCAGAUGAAAGUAUGUACAUUAUACCUUCAUUCACAAUGUUUUAAUUCAACUGACUGCAAGGGAGAAAAGGCACAAAUAAAUGUUUUUGAAAAU